AUGAGCAGAAUACUCUCCACAUAUGUGAUAGCCAUUUUGUGCCUCUUGUCAAAUAUAAAAUGUUUCGAGACGAACGUCUACAACGGAAGUGGCCUUCAUAACUGUUCCAGCGUCUUCUGUUCUUACGAUAAAUUAUCAAAUAUCUACGACAAUUCCAAGUUCAUCUUGGCGGAGCUGGAAAGCAUUUUGUACGAUGUGCGAGAUGAGAAGAAUGCGCAUCAAUCAGAACACGAGCGUGACAAAUCACUAGAUCUCGAAAUAAAAUUCCCUAAUGCUAAGGAUCACGAGGAUUUGUCACACUUAUUUCCGGACGAGGAGUAUGAAAAUGAAAGCAGCUUUGGUGAGCCCGUUCCGUAUAUCAUCAUUAGCAGGAUGGACGAUGGUUAUAGUUCAUUUUAA